AUGACACACUACCAACCCGUCAUGUUCCCUGUCGAACUGACAGUGGAACGGUCAUACCUCAAGGACGCCCUGCGCGCAAUCCUACACACAGUCCUUUUCCACAGAGUCUUUGCCAACAUCAAGCCCAGGGACAUGGAUAUCCUUGAUCUGACCAUCCCUAUCAUUGACGACCCAGAGGUGGACAAGCUGGUCGACGAAAAGAUCGCUGCCUUUGUCAAGGUUGUCGACUCUAACCCUCAAAGCAAAGGACAGUAA